CAAGCUAAUGUACAUCAGGUACAAGGAUGAAUAGUCAAGUAAUGCUAAAUUUCGUGCAGUUGUAGGUAGUUUGCUACUAUAAGAAUGGUUCGCGAUAUUGACAUCGGAAUGAAGUGCAUCAAGUAUAUGCUUUUCGUGUCAAACUUUAUGUUUGUGAUGGUGGGAUUCCUGCUAAUUUCAAUUGGAACGACAAUUUCAUCUAUAUAUACCGACUUUGAGCUAUUUAUGGAAUCGCACCAUUUCAAGCCUGCCCAAUUGAUCGUCGUUAUUGGAAUAAUAAUCUUCUUGGUCUCUCUUUUUGGAUGUAUCGGUGCAAUUAGAGAGAGUACAUUUUUGGUUAAUAUGUUUGCCGUCCUUUUGUCAAUACUCUUAGUGCUGGAGGUAUCCGCUGCCAUUGCCGCGUACGCUAUGAGAUCAGAUAUAAAAGAGAGCGUUGAGCAUAACAUGUACGAUGCCCUCAAGGACUACAACAAAACGUACGAUGCAAAAUCGUCGUGGGAUUUCAUGCAAUAUCGAUUGAUAUGUUGUGGCGUUCACCAACCGUCCGACUGGAGAAACACUAACAUCAUCUUUGAGAAGAAUCUGACUGCUCCCGUGAGCUGUUGUAAGUACCCGAGAUGCGAAACUGGUGUGAUAAACACACACGGCUGCUUGGACCGUUUGACGGAUAUUGUAUCAGAAUCCGCACUAAUGCUCGGAGUUGGAUCCACUUGCGUCGCUCUCGUACAGUUCUUGGGAGUCGUGUUCGCCUUCAUGCUCGCUAAAACAAUACGCCGAGUCAAAACCGAGCAGGAGAUGCGUCGUCAAGAAAACCGCCAAAGGAUCUAUGAACAACUAGCAAUUGGCACAGAAGAUAAGAUUGUAACGCCCGUCUUAUACACUCCUCAGUCGACUGAUGCCUAAAUUAUAAAGGGAUUCGUGUUAACUCUCUGUACGAAUUUUAACUUUAAUUACAUACAUAUAUAAUUUUUUACUUAGUUGUAAGGUUAAUAAUAUUGUCAGCUUCACUGAAAUGCUUUAUUAUAGGAAUAAGUUCUUAAAGUGUGGUUAUUUAAAUUUAUUUUAAAAAACCUUUACUCAUCAUUUACGUACAUUGUAACGUUCAAAAUUGGCGUGUGCGAAGUAAUUGAGAGGAAGAAAUGUAGAUAGGAAAACAGGCGGCGAUGUUAGUGAUAAGGAUAAAAUUUCGUACCCAUAAAGAAAGUUUCACAAAGUUCGUACAGUAGUGGAUGAUUAGGAAUCUUGUACAUAGUUAGGAAUAUUUGUAUCCACGACUCCGUUACUCAGAGGAUCUGAGUACCGCAGGACCGUAGGUAAUGUGUCAAAAUAAACAGAUAGAUGAAAA